AUGAUCGCCAUCAAAGCUUUCCUUGUCGCUGUUUUCUGUGUCGAUAGCGAUGAAGCGAAAGUCAUCUGCGACAAACUCGAUCAAAACGUAGUUAAAUACGUACAAGGGAGAUGCGAAUUGCCAAGUCAGAAAUAUGUCGAUCAAUUCUCUGCGGAAUGCUGGAAGAGCGACAAGAAUCGCUUCGGUCCAAGAUGCCGCGAUUCGGAUGUGUUUGUGUAA